AUGUGGUCGUCUACUUCUAGCGUCACACGUUUGACCACGGAGAACACUUUGGGAAAAACAACUCUAGGUAAGCCCAAUAUACACAAGGCUACGUGGUUUUGGAACGAGGACGUUCAGGCGGCAGUUCGUGAGAAGACCAAAUAUAAGCUCUGGUGGAGGACACGUCAAUCUGAAGAUCGGGGUGCUUACCUAGCGGCGAAGAGGGAUUCUAAGAAGGCAGUCUCCAAGGGGAAGUCGGACCGCUACAAGGAUGUGUACGACAUGCUUGAUACCAGAGAAGGCAACCGAGCAGUGCAUCAUUUAGUCAGAGCGCGUCAUCGCUCAACGUUGGAUAUGGAGCACACCAAGAUUGUUAAAGGAAGUGAUGGAGCCGUUCUGCGUCGCUCUGGUCUGAGCUUGGAGAGCGGCGAGGGACCUGUUCUACCAAUUACUGUCGUCGAAGUCAAUGCUGCCCUCGCAAAAAUGAAGUCGAACAAGGCAACCGGUCCUGAUGACAUACCUAGUGACGUCUGGAAGCUGCUAGGAGAUCGAGGGCUUUUGGCCGGACCGACGUGCGGGAUACAAGGAUGUCAUGAGUCAGUCCUGGCUCAGCAGAAACAGGGAGUCCAUCCCCUGAAUCCACCUGCGUCUCUGGGCAAGAGCAAGGUCGCUUUUGAUGUGAUUCUGCAAAGUCAAUGCUACAAAUGGUUUCAACGCUUUGAAAAUGGAAAUGAGAGCUUAGAAGACGAAGAACACCGACGUCGUCCUCAAGCGGUAGACGACGAAUUACUGAAGAAGGCGAUCGAGUCUGAUCCGACACAAACUACAAGAAAACUUGCCCUAGAGUUCGGAUGUUCGAAUUCGACAAUUAACGAGCAUUUACAUACAAUCGGGAAGACAAAUCGAUCUGCUGGUCUUGACGAAGUUGUAAGUCACCUCAAACUUGAGAAAUCGAUCUGUUCGGUGUUCUAUAGCCUCAACAAAACGCACAAACUGAAACCCGAUGACAUGAAUUCAACAUCAGCGGCAACAUUCAAAAUCCGACCAAUAAUAAGUUGUGUAAGAGGACCAACGGAUCGAGUAUCGUGGUUCCAAAAUCAAAUUAUUCACCACCGUCUUGGCAAAAUGUCGCAAGGUGGUUCCCUGAUCCAUAUAGGUUGGGCGACGACCUGUGGUGAAACUAAGCUCGCCGUGGCAUGGCUGCUAAGUUCGGGGAAAAGUCUUCUUGCCACUCCAGCAUAUUCACUGCCUCAGUACCCUGCACACUGGGCCCUGCCGUCUCAGACGUCGGACGGGUGUGGCGACCGGCGACACACGCACGACUCGCCACUGAGACUGUGUAUGUACAACGCGAGAACAGUGUCCACCGACGCUGACCUGCAUGCCCUUCUCCGAGCUGCAGAGCGUAUCAAAUUUUACGUGAUUGCUCUGCAGGAGACAAAGUGCAGAAGGAGCGACGUACGACAGAUGAAUGACGGUACACUAGUCAUUCGUGAAGAGAAGGUCCCGUUGCGAAAUGUAGGCGGUGUUGGUUUUGCUGUGCACCCAUCAGUCGUCCACCUUGUCGAUUCUCACGAGACCCUGCCACCUCGUAUGGCCAUUCUUCGCUUCCGCCCUCUGCGCCAAAAAUCAAUCAGUAUCAUCAACUGCUACUCACCAACAUCAGCAGCUGAUGAACCCGAAUUGGACGCGUUUUACGAGGAGCUGGAGGAAGUGAUCCACAACUAG